CAGUAUUAGAUAACAUACAUUAAUUAAAGAGCAAUGUAAAGAGUUUAGCCCCAUCAGGUGUCGUGACGUCACGAAAUAAGAAGCGCCACAUGAGGGAGAAUGCGUCGUCGUUUGAACAGUCGUGCAUUUGACCCAUUUGAUGAAUGGCUCGAAUCACAGGGUUUGUACCGCAAGCAAGUCGCCCGUGAUGGAUCGUGUCUUUUUCGUGCUGUUGCUGAACAUGUUUUUAUGUCUCAAACUGAGCAUGUACAUGUGCGAUCCCUCUGCCUGGCGUACAUGAUGUUAUAUGAAGAGGACUUCCAACCAUUUCUGGAGAUUCCUAUUGACCACCAUGUUUUCAAGCUACGAGAUGUUAGAGAAUGGGGAGGACACACCGAGAUUAUAGCUAUGUCACGGCUAUUUAAAGUGGAUUUUCUCAUAUACCAAGAAAUCGGGCGAGCACCAUACAGGGCCACUGAGAAUAAUUUUCCUGGGUCUCUCAUGUUGAGUUUUACCCAUGGAAACCACUACGACAUUGUCUAUAAAAAAGAAAAAGCCAACAUUCGUGGGUUUUGUCAAUCUGUGGUGUAUGACAAUCUAUAUACACAUGUGUUUCAACUGAAAGAUGUUCGCUUGGCCGUGGACACAAUGCUUCAUGAUAAGGAGUACGCAUCGCUUAGGAGAGACUCGACUAACUCAACUGACCAAAAAGAAAUUGGAGCUUUGGUUGAGAAAGUCUUGGCGACAAGUAUAUCCAGGGAUAAUAGUCAAGACGAGGCUGAUAAGAAUUGCAGUACAAGUAUAGAGGAAAGACCCAGCAUGGAAGAAGUCCAUCCUGAUGAUGUACGAGGUUUGUUGGCUCAUGGAAUACCACCAUUCCCCUACAAAGUGGCCAAGUCUCUUGAUCCUGAUAUCUACAGAAAUAUUGAGUUUGAUGCUUGGAAUACUGUCAGGAGAGAGGCACGGUAUGGCCCCUUUGACAGCAAUGGCUUCCAGGCUGGCGUAAAGGUGCUCAUCAAACUGCAGUUAUUACCAAAUAGACGAGAAAUAGAAGAAAUGAGAAGAGUUCAUAUGUAUAGACAAGGUAGUGGUGAAUAUAAUGAUGGAAAAUGUACAGAGGAAAGGGUAGAUGUAUAUCAUGGCCAUAUCCAAGAAAUGUCAGAAAAUAAGGGGCCAGUAGAUGUUUAUGUAGAAGAAAUUGGCAGCAGAUUAAAGGUGCCAUAUGAGUCAUUAGAAAAAGUUCCUUCUUCUCCUCCUCGGUCACCAUGGCACGCUCAGGGGCAGCAACACAUACAGCCUUCUGGUUCAGGAGGAAACAGUGUGGUAGGAAAUAUUCCUAGCUACAAGAAGCUUACUGGAUUUUAUCAGAAGGCACCACUUCCUGCCGAACCCGAGUACCCUGCGGGAAGAAGCAAGAAGAAAGGCGGAAAGCAUAUGCGUGAGGUAUCAGUACCAUAUUUCUCAACUUCUACUCCUAUAAGAUACCAUGUUAUGGUACAUAAUACGGGGAUGAGAGGUCGGGGAGCUAGUAGCCCAACACCUCAUGGCUACUCACCACGUGCAAGAACACCCCAAGGGUCUUUCCCAACACCAAACUUCACCCCUAAAAACUAUCCAAAUCGAGGAAUGGGUCGAAAUCAUAACAGUAAUUUUAGAAGUGCACAAAGUCCUGCAAGAGAUGGAUUUCCCUCAUUACCUAUUGGAGGAAAUGUAGAUAUGGGUGUGGAAGGUAUGUGGGCUGUCCGACCCAGUACCAAUCAGUCCAAUCUCCCACCAGCCCCAAAUGCCAUGAGCAACCCUGCGUGUUCCCGAGUAAGUGGGGCAUAUUGUCCCACCAUUCCCCAGCCACCGCCAAUGGUAUUUCAGGGUGAUGAGGAGGCACACCAACAGAUGAGGGAGGUGACUCUAGAGGCAUUACAGCAGGUCAUGAGUGCUGGUGGCCAACAGGAAGUGCGAGUCACCGGCCAACAGUUGGAGGUCGUGAACUCUGUGAAACGGGAAGAAAUGCAAGAGACGACACCAUUGGAAGAAAACAAUUCCCACAUAGAACACAAUACCUCAGCACCUCAGGCAGAAGACACUACCAUUGAUAAUGCACCUGUUAAUAUAGAAGAUCAGGUGGGACAAUCACAGGAAGUAAACCAAAAUAAUCCAGAAAAAACAAAGAUAACCCUUCAAGUAGAACCUCUUAAUCAGUCUCCCUCCCUUCAAACAACUAAUGGUGAAGUGCCUCCUGCUGCCCUCUACCUGCCAGACCCCAGCAUCACAUACAUAUCACCGCCUGCAAGUAUUACAGCAUCACAGAUGGCAGACUCCUCUACUGUACAAAAUGCUGCCAUGUACAUGUUGAGCUACCCUCCACCUUACUCCAGCCCUGGCUUUGUUCAGGUUUACAGUCCAGUGCCUCCUCCAACUGAUGGCAGUGGCACCCCCACAGACUUCACCCCCCCAUUGCCUACCACUACAAUGCCUGCCAGACCUGAGGGAUGGGACCCAAAUGUUCAAGGAAAUGAUUCUGAAGCCAUGAAGAUGAAUCAAGGAAUGCCUCCAUACAUGGUUUACCAAGUGCCAGUAAUGUAUGGAGGUUAUGGAUAUAACUACAAUCAACAGUGGACUUACUCAGUUCCUAUAAUGCCCUCACCUGGUGUGGAUGAUAACAAACAGACUCCUGUUCCAGGAGAGGGGGGCUUCCAGCAAGUAGUAGCCAUUGGUGCUUGGGGUCCAGGUUAUAUGGGGGACUAUGGACCCCAUCAGCCAGUGCCUGGCCCACCUCACUACAACUACCCACCACUCCUUCGUGAGCCUGCUCAUCAUCCUUAUCCUCCUCCACCUUAUCAUGAUAGUCGUGAUGGCAACAGGGAGGGCCCACCAUUUCCUCAUCACUACCACCAUCACCGAGGACGAGGUCGAGGAGGACCUCACCAUUAUAGCCAUCACCCACGAGGCAGUCAUCAUAAUAACCAUCAAUACUCAAACAAUUAUCAGGGCAACAAUUUUCAAGAUCCAUCAACAAUGGGCAUACCUACUGGAGAAAUGGGUCGUGGAGGUGGGGGCCAACGCUCAUUACCCCCAAGAUUUCAACGAGGCGGAGGUGCUUCAUCAGGGCGGGGGCUUCUGAGACCUUUCCACAAUUCUGGUCCUCCUUAUCAGUCGAAUAACAUGCCACACCACCAACGAAACCAUCAGUAUGAAGGACAACCACUUAUGCACAUGGGCUCCAGGAAGUCAAGCUCUGAGAGUUUACCCUCCCAGGUUGUCUCGAGUGGUAAUGUAGGAUCAGGUGGGCUGGCUUCUCCCCCCUUGCUCACUUUUGUGGAGUCUGACCGGCCUCAUGGAGUAAUGCCUCUUCCUCCCCAGGACACACCCCCUUUGCCUCCUCAAGACCAUAUGCCAAUGGCAGUGCCUCCAGGAUACUAUCCUGCUCCUCCUGGUUAUGUGAUGAGUGGGCCGUGGAUGUGGAAGAUGAUGUAAGCCAACCCAAGAACCCCAGAGGUCCCAGCAUCUUCUUGCUGUUAUUCUUCACUGAGAACUGUCUCAACCUUAUCUUGGAUGUGAAAGGUCUACAUAAAUUUUAUAUUCCAUCUUUUUCUCUGUACUUAAACUUUUUUUUUUUUUUUUUUUUUUUUUGCUCCAGGUAUUUGAAAAACAUGUUUGAAUAGCUUAUGAUCAUUUUAACACUCGCGUACCGCCAUGGGGCUAGUGGUGAUUUGGCACAGGAGAGCCACUCUGUUUUUUUCUUCCUGCAGAUCAAAUAUUUGGCAAAUGGUUUAAUUUUUUCUUAUGAAACCAACUACAUUCUUCAUUAAAUUGGUUGUUCUUUCACAAUAAAAUAUUGAAAAUCAAAUAAAGAAGAAAGAAGCAAAAUUUUUGAUGAUGCGAAAUUAUGCAUUAUAGUUUUCAACACGAACAACUUGUAAUUCACCUUACAAAAAAAGGAGUAAAAACAGUAAGUGUUAUACAAUAAAUAAAAGCAGAGAUUUUAAAGCAUUACAGUGAUAAAAUCAGAAAGUGGAUACAAGUAAUAAGCUUUUGUUUUAUUUAUUUUUUAGCAUGUAAUAUUUGGCUGCAAGCAAUUUUAGAAUAAAGAUAUUCAUCCCCAGCAGUUCACACAUGAAGAAUGGUUACAAGUUUGAAUUAAUAAUAUAUUGACAUACAGUAAACAAAAAGAUUUUUUUUUUUUAAUAAAUACUUUACAAACAAUUUUACAGAAUAUUAUUGCACAAUGAAGGGCAAAAGUGUGUAAGAGGGACAAUGGGAGAAAUUAAAUUUAAAUGGAAAGUAUGCAGCACAUUCUAGAUUACCAUGAGAGAGAGUGGUUUGAGGAGUGGCUCACCAAAAUCCCACUCAUCAAGCAUAAUUUUUCUUUUUCUUUAUUUGUGACGCGAGCGGUGCCAAUUGGAAGAGAGUAAAAAAUUAAGCAGAUAAGGAGUCGUGGUGUGCGCGAGUGUUAAUCUAGUUUGAUAAAAAAGUAGUAAGAUAAAUUGAAAUUAUGCUAUUUAAAAUUGCAGAUGUCAUUUGUACAAAUCAGCUUUGAUAACUAGGGAGAAAUUACACAUUUGUAAAGGGUACAAAACACGAACAAGACUUUUAUGCUGUCCAUUAAGUAAAUUUUUUACAUUUUCAUAUGUAUUGGCAGUCAAUGGCUGCUGAUAUGUGACUUUUAUUUAUGGUUGUAAUUUCUUUUACUGUACUGUAUAUAUAUACUGUAUAGGUAUUAUUAUACCUAAGAGAAAAAUACUUAGUUCCUUCAUUUUCUGUAAAGCUGUGCUUUAUUAAUUUUAAAGAAAUACUGUAUUGUUUUUGUUUGUUUGUAAAAUUAUUUUAUUACUUUUAAUAUACCAUGUGUAUUUUGUUACCGUUCGUACCUGUUCAAUUUAAUUAUACCAUAUGUUCUAUGGUAUUAUCAUGAAUUAUAAAAGUGCCUUAAUGGUACCCGUCCCACAAGUUUUCAUUCCACUAAUGUUGUUUAGUGUUAUAAUCUAGAUUCCUCAUCCCAGAGCACAAGACUUUGUUCAGUUGUCUAGUCGCAUAACACAAGAAAGCUCUUUGAUUUAUUUUUGUAAACCUUUUGUAAUUAUUGUCAUGUUCCAUUAAGAAUAUGAGUAUGUCUCAAAAGAUAAA